GUAAUCCAACAAUAUCAGUGAACAUGGCAUUCAAAUUCGUAGUAUUCGCUGCCUUCGUAGCCGUAGCCCGUGCUGGCGUCAUCGGCCACGCCAUCGCCCCAGCCGUUUCCGCCUACGCCGCCCCAGUAGCCGUAGCUCAACCUCUUGUAAAAUCCGUCGUUGCUGACGCUCCAGCUCACUACGACUACGGAUACUCUGUCAGUGACCCCUUGACCGGUGACCACAAAUCUGCCGUAGAAUCCCGUCGUGGUGACGCCGUCCAAGGAAGUUACUCCCUCAUCGAUGCUGACGGCACCAAGCGCACCGUAGACUACACUGCCGAUUCACUCAACGGAUUCAACGCUGUCGUUUCCAAGGAAGCCCCAGUAGUAGCUGCUAAAGUAGCUGCCCCAGUUGCUGUCGCUGCCCCAGUUGCCGUAGCUGCCCCAGCUGUCGCCGCUCCGGUCAUAGCUAAAGUAGCCGCCCCAGCCGCCAUCUCUACCUCAUACUCCAAUGUUGCUGCCCCAGUCGUGUCUAGCUACUCUGCUCCAGCUGUUGCUGCCUACUCCACCUACGCCGCUCCUGCUGUAGCUUCCUACGCCGCCCCAGCCGUAGCUACCCACUACUCCGCCCCAGCCGUAGCUGCCCACUACUCCGCUCCAGCCGUAGCCGCUUACUCCGCUCCAGCCGUAGCUGCUUACUCUGCUCCAGUUGCCGCUUACUCUGCCCCAGUUGCCGCCUACUCUGCCCCAGUUGCCACUCAAUGGUAACUUCGAAUUGAUUUUGUAAAUUAUUGUAAAUAAAGUAAACAGUAUUCACUA